AUGGGGAAGAAGUGGCGGGAUGCAGCGGAGAUGGAGCGGGGCGGCUCGGACCGGGAGGACGGCGGCGGAGACAGCCGCAGGUGCAGCCGGAACGCCAGCCGGGGCAGGUUUGCGGAGUCGUGGAAAAGGCUAAGUUCCAAGCAGGGCUCCACCAAGCGCUCGGGACUCCCCUCGCAGCAGACGCCGGCUCAGAAAUCCUGGAUAGAAAGAGCAUUUUAUAAAAGAGAAUGUGUUCACAUAAUACCCAGCACCAAAGACCCCCAUAGGUGCUGCUGUGGACGUCUAAUAGGCCAGCACGUGGGCCUCACUCCCAGUAUCUCCGUUCUUCAGAAUGAGAAAAAUGAGAGUCGCCUCUCCCGGAAUGACAUCCAGUCCGAGAAGUGGUCCAUCAGCAAGCACACUCAGCUCAGCCCCACGGAUGCUUUCGGGACCAUUGAGUUCCAAGGAGGUGGCCAUUCCAACAAAGCCAUGUAUGUGCGAGUAUCUUUCGAUACAAAGCCUGAUCUCCUCUUACACCUGAUGACCAAGGAAUGGCAGCUGGAGCUUCCCAAGCUUCUCAUCUCUGUCCAUGGAGGCCUGCAGAACUUUGAACUCCAGCCAAAACUCAAGCAAGUCUUUGGGAAAGGCCUUAUCAAAGCAGCCAUGACAACCGGAGCGUGGAUAUUCACUGGAGGGGUUAACACAGGUGUGAUUCGUCAUGUUGGCGACGCCUUGAAGGACCAUGCAUCUAAGUCUCGAGGGAAGAUAUGUACCAUCGGCAUUGCCCCCUGGGGAAUUGUAGAAAAUCAGGAGGAUCUGGUUGGAAGAGAUGUUGUCCGGCCAUAUCAGACUAUGUCCAAUCCCAUGAGCAAGCUCACUGUUCUCAACAGCAUGCAUUCCCACUUCAUUCUGGCUGACAACGGGACCACUGGGAAAUACGGAGCAGAGGUGAAACUCAGGAGACAGCUGGAAAAGCAUAUUUCACUCCAGAAGAUAAACACAAGAAUCGGCCAAGGCGUUCCAGUAGUGGCGCUCAUUGUGGAAGGAGGACCCAAUGUGAUCUCCAUUGUCUUGGAGUACCUUCGAGACACCCCUCCCGUGCCCGUUGUUGUCUGUGAUGGGAGUGGACGGGCAUCCGACAUCCUGGCGUUUGGACAUAAAUAUUCAGAAGAAGGCGGACUUAUCAACGAGUCUUUGCGGGACCAGCUGCUGGUGACCAUCCAGAAGACCUUCACGUACACUCGCACGCAAGCACAGCAUCUGUUCAUCGUCCUCAUGGAGUGCAUGAAGAAGAAGGAACUGAUUACAGUAUUUCGGAUGGGAUCAGAAGGACACCAGGACAUUGAUUUAGCUAUCCUGACAGCUUUGCUCAAAGGAGCCAAUGCCUCUGCCCCUGACCAACUGAGCUUGGCCUUAGCCUGGAACCGAGUUGACAUCGCUCGCAGCCAGAUCUUUAUUUAUGGGCAACAGUGGCCGGUCGGGUCUUUGGAACAAGCCAUGUUGGAUGCCCUAGUUCUGGACAGAGUGGAUUUUGUGAAAUUACUCAUAGAAAAUGGAGUAAGCAUGCACCGUUUUCUCACCAUCUCCAGACUAGAGGAAUUGUACAAUACGAGACAUGGGCCCUCAAACACAUUGUACCACUUGGUCAGGGAUGUCAAAAAGGGGAACCUGCCUCCUGACUACAGAAUCAGCCUGAUCGACAUUGGCCUGGUGAUAGAAUACCUGAUGGGCGGAGCUUAUCGCUGCAACUACACGCGCAAGCGCUUCCGGACACUCUACCACAAUCUCUUCGGCCCCAAGAGGCCCAAAGCCUUGAAACUACUGGGAAUGGAGGAUGAUGUUCCCUUGAGGAGAGGAAGAAAGACAACCAAGAAACGUGAAGAAGAGGUAGACAUUGACCUGGAUGACCCUGAGAUCAAUCACUUUCCUUUCCCUUUCCACGAGCUGAUGGUGUGGGCCGUCCUGAUGAAGCGGCAGAAAAUGGCCUUGUUCUUCUGGCAGCAUGGCGAGGAGGCCAUGGCCAAGGCCCUGGUGGCCUGCAAGCUCUGCAAAGCCAUGGCUCAUGAGGCUUCCGAGAACGACAUGGUGGAUGACAUCUCCCAGGAGCUGAACCACAACUCCAGAGACUUUGGCCAGCUGGCCGUGGAGCUCCUGGACCAGUCCUACAAGCAGGAUGAGCAACUGGCCAUGAAGCUGCUGACAUACGAGCUCAAGAACUGGAGCAACGCCACAUGCCUGCAGCUUGCGGUGGCUGCCAAGCACCGCGACUUCAUCGCACACACGUGCAGCCAGAUGUUGCUCACAGACAUGUGGAUGGGCCGGCUCCGGAUGCGCAAGAACUCAGGCCUGAAGGUAAUUCUGGGAAUUCUACUUCCUCCUUCAAUUCUCAGCUUGGAGUUCAAGAACAAAGACGACAUGCCUUAUAUGACUCAGGCCCAGGAAAUCCAUCUCCAAGAGAGGGAGCCAGAGGAACCAGAAAAGCCCACGAAAGAAAAAGAUGAAGAGGAUAUGGAACUGACAGCAAUGUUGGGACGAAGCAACGGGGAGUCUUCGAGGAAGAAGGAUGAAGAAGAAGUUCAGAGCAGGCACCGGUUAAUCCCCUUGGGCAGAAAAAUCUACGAGUUCUACAAUGCCCCCAUCGUGAAGUUCUGGUUCUACACUCUGGCGUACAUCGGCUACCUGAUGCUCUUCAACUAUAUCGUGUUAGUGAAGAUGGAGCGCUGGCCUUCCACCCAGGAAUGGAUCGUCAUUUCCUACAUUUUCACCCUGGGCAUAGAAAAGAUGAGAGAGAUUCUGAUGUCAGAGCCAGGGAAGUUGCUACAGAAAGUGAAGGUCUGGCUGCAGGAGUACUGGAAUGUCACAGACCUCAUAGCCAUCCUUCUGUUCUCUGUUGGAAUGAUCCUUCGUCUCCAAGACCAGCCCUUCAGGAGUGAUGGGAGGGUCAUCUAUUGUGUGAACAUCAUUUAUUGGUACAUCCGUCUGUUAGACAUCUUCGGCGUGAACAAAUACUUGGGCCCAUAUGUAAUGAUGAUUGGAAAAAUGAUGAUAGACAUGAUGUACUUUGUCAUCAUUAUGCUGGUGGUGCUGAUGAGUUUUGGGGUUGCCAGGCAAGCCAUUCUCUUUCCCAAUGAGGAGCCAUCAUGGAAGUUGGCCAAGAACAUCUUCUACAUGCCCUAUUGGAUGAUUUAUGGGGAAGUGUUUGCGGACCAGAUAGACCCUCCCUGUGGACAGAAUGAGACCCGAGAGGACGGCAAAAUAAUCCAGCUGCCUCCCUGCAAGACCGGAGCCUGGAUCGUGCCCGCCAUCAUGGCCUGCUACCUGUUAGUGGCGAACAUCCUGCUGGUCAACCUCCUCAUUGCUGUCUUCAACAAUACAUUUUUUGAGGUAAAAUCAAUAUCCAACCAAGUGUGGAAGUUCCAGAGGUACCAGCUCAUCAUGACUUUCCACGAAAGGCCUGUCCUGCCGCCGCCUCUGAUCAUCUUCAGCCACAUGACCAUGAUAUUCCAGCACCUGUGCUGCCGCUGGAGGAAGCACGAGGGCGACCCUGAUGAAAGGGACUACGGCCUGAAACUGUUCAUAACUGAUGAUGAGCUCAAGAAAGUGCAUGAUUUUGAAGAGCAGUGCAUAGAGGAGUAUUUCAGAGAAAAGGAUGAUCGCUUCAACUCGUCCAAUGAUGAGAGGAUACGGGUGACUUCAGAAAGGGUGGAGAACAUGUCCAUGAGACUGGAGGAAGUCAACGAGAGAGAGCACUGCAUGAAGGCUUCACUCCAGACCGUGGACAUUCGGUUGGCGCAGCUCGAGGACCUCAUCGGGCGCAUGGCCACGGCCCUGGAGCGCCUCACGGGCCUGGAGCGAGCCGAGUCCAACAAAAUCCGUUCCCGGACCUCCUCGGACUGCACGGACGCAGCCUACAUCGUCCGCCAGAGCAGCUUCAACAGCCAGGAGGGGAACACCUUCAAGCUCCAAGAGAGUAUAGACCCUGCAGGUGAGGAGACCAUGUCCCCAACUUCUCCAACCCUAAUGCCCCGUAUGCGAAGCCAUUCUUUCUAUUCGGUCAAUAUGAAGGACAAAGGUGGGAUAGAAAAGUUGGAAAGUCUUUUUAAAGAAAGGUCCCUGAGCCUGCACCGGGCUACUAGCUCCCACUCCAUAGCAAAGGAAUCUAAAGCUCCUGCAGCCCCUGCCAACACCUUGGCCAUCGUUCCCGACUCCAGAAGGCCGUCAUCCUGUAUAGACAUCUAUGUCUCAGCCAUGGAUGAGCUCCACUGUGACAUCGACCCUCUGGACAACUCCAUGAACAUCCUUGGGCUGGGCGAGCCGAGCUUCCUGGCUCAGGUUCCUUCCACCGCUCCUUCAAGCAGUGCCUAUGCAACUCUCGCACCCACAGACAGGCCUCCGAGCCGGGGCAUUGAUUUCGAGGACAUCACCUCCGUGGACACGAGAUCCUUCUCUUCAGACUACACCCACCUCCCGGAGUGCCAAAACCCCUGGGACACCGACCCUCCCACCUACCAUGCCAUCGAGCGGUCCAAAAGCAGCCGCUACCUGCCCAGCGCGCCCUUCCUGCUGGAGGAAGCUCCCAUCGUGAAGUCGCACAGCUUUAUGUUUUCCCCUUCGAGGAGCUACUAUGCCAACUUCGGGGUGCCCGUGAAAACAGCAGAGUACACGAGCAUCACAGACUGCAUCGACACGCGGUGUGUCAAUGCCCCGCAAGCGAUCGCCGACAGAGCCACCUUUCCCGGGGGUCUCGGAGGCAAAGCGGAGGACUCCUCCUGCUGCCACCCGGAGAGAGAGGCAGAACUGAGUCACCCCAGCUCUGACACGGAGGAGGGCGAGGCCAAAGGCCGGAGAGCCGCCCUGGCCAUCCCCUCGCAGGAGGGCGACCCCACCGCAGACAAAACCCUGUCCAACAACAUCACGGUCCCCAAGAUAGAGCGUGCCAACAGCUACUCCGCAGAGGAGCCCAGCGCGCCCUACGCCCACACCAGGAAGAGCUUCUCCAUCAGUGACAAGCUCGACAGGCAGCGGAACACCACGGCCAGCCUGCGGAAUCCCUUCCAGAGGAGCAAGUCCUCCAAGCCGGAGGGGGGCCGGGGGGACAGCCUGUCCAUGAGGAGACUGUCCAGAACAUCUGCUUUCCACAGCUUUGAAAGCAAGCACAACUAG